AUGUCUCAUUGUGAAUCUGAGGAAGAGGUUGAGAACACUUGGAAAUUUAUGAUAAAUUCAUAUCACUUGCAUGAUGAUAAGUGGUUUAAUAGCAUGUACAAGAUUAGGAGAAAAUGGGCCACGGUUUUUAGUAAUAAGUUAUUUAGUGCUGGACUUUUGGCUACAUCGAGGAGUGAGAGUGCAAAUAAAGUCUUAAAACAAUCGGGUAGCAAGAGUAGCUCUUUGUAUGAUUUCGUGAUGAAUUAUGAAAAAGUUCAACAUCAAUGGCGCACAAAAGAGAAGGUUGAAGAUACUCGUUGUCGUCAUGGAAAACCCUCUCAAAUUCUUAAGAACAACCCUUUGCUCAAUCAUGUUGCUAGUAUUUACACGCUUACCAUUUAUGGGUUGUUUGAGAUUGAACUUGUCAAUUCUUUGAAUUGCAAAUUUGAUGGCCAACCUUUUAGUAAUGGUAAUGACGGUUCUUCACUAGAAUUUCGAGUGAAAUCCUACGGUGAUAGCUUAAGAAUAAGGCUUGAUGAGACAAGGUGUAGUUGUCACAAGUUUGAGACCAUGGGAAUCUUAUGCAAGCAUGUUUUAAUGGUGUUUAACUACAUGGAUGUAACUAUGAUUCCGGAGGCUUAUCUUUUGAAGAGGUGGAUGAAAUGUGCAAGGUUGAGGGUUUUUAAUGAUUUUAAGGCUACUAAUGUCCUUUGUGGAAGUGGUGAAGAAUCCGAUCUUGUUUUCGUGAACAAAGUGAUGAGAGCGGCCUAUAAUCUUGCUCACAUGAGCAAAUCUCACUUGGAGGCUCGGAACAUGUUGACCACAAUGCUCGAUUCAACAAGAGACCAAAUUGUUGAUUUUAUUCAAAAUUUGGAUCUUGAAGAUUCGAGUAUGCAUGAUGAUGUUGAAAAUGAUGGUAAUGAGCUUGGUGUGCGGAUACUUAAUCCACUUACGGCCAAGUCGAGAGGAUUAACUAAUGUAUGCAUUACUCGUCAUUGGGAUAGAAAGAACAAAAAGGGAAAAGGAAUUUCGAAGGUGCAUGGGAAUGCUUCAAGUGAAAAAGGAUCGAAAAGAAAAGCUCAAAGUACACAAGGCAUUCAAAGCUCACAAACAUUGGAUAGUAUCCCACGAACUCAAGUUCCUAACAUGUCGCCACCUCAAGUUCCUAAUAUGCCACUACCUCAGUUCCCUAACAUACCACUUCCCCAAUUCCCGAAUGUGCCACCACGUCCAUUUCCAUUCCAAGCUCCACAAUUUUCACCUCAGUCCGAGUCAAGUCAAGCACCUUGGCAAUAUCCAACUCAAGAGAUCGACUCACCACGGCCUUGGCCCGCUGUCACUACCUCUGCGCCCCCGGUCCGACCCAUCACGACCUCAGUCCAGUCCAUCACCACCUGGCGGCCCGUCACCCCGUACUGCCCUAAACCACCCCAGCACCUCGUCACCUGA